AUGGGCAAUCUACAGUCGAAGAAGCUCCCGGAUGACCAGCUGAAGGAGCUGCAACGGUCAACCAACUUCGACAAGAAGGAGCUGCAGCAAUGGUAUAGAGGCUUCCUCAAAGACUGCCCAUCGGGUAUGCUCACCAAGAGCGAGUUUCAAAAGAUCUACGCUCAGUUCUUCCCCUUCGGCGACCCGUCCACCUUCGCCGACUACGUAUUCAACGUGUUCGACACAGACAAGUCCGGCACCAUCGACUUUAAGGAGUUCAUCUGCGCCCUCAGCGUGACCAGCCGCGGCAAGAUGGAGGACAAGCUCGACUGGGCGUUCCAGCUAUACGACAUCGACGGCGAUGGCAAGAUCAGCUACGAGGAGAUGCUCAAGAUUGUCGAGGCGAUCUACAAGAUGGUCGGCUCGAUGGUCAAGCUACCCGAGGACGAGGACACGCCCGAGAAGCGGGUGCGCAAGAUCUUCCGCAUGAUGGACAAGGAUGAGAACGGCAGCCUCGACAUGCAGGAGUUCAAGGAAGGCAGCCAGCGCGACGCUACCAUCGUCUCGGCCCUCUCGCUGUACGACGGCCUGGUGUGA